CAGGGAGCAGCCGGGGGCUUGGCGGCGGCGGCGGCGGCAGCGGCGACGGCGUCUAGCCCCAGCUCCUCCUCCCCCUCCUCUUCCAUCUCUUCUCUCUCUCCAUCUGCCGUGGUUAUGGCCGGUCGCUGGAGCACAAAAGAGUCUCCGCGGUGGAGGUCUGCGUUGCUCUUGCUUUUCCUGGCUGGGGUGUACGGAAAUGGUGCUCUUGCAGAACAUUCUGAAAAUGUGCAUAUUUCAGGAGUGUCAACUGCUUGUGGAGAGACUCCAGAACAAAUUCGAGGACCAAGUGGUAUAAUCACAAGCCCAGGCUGGCCUUCUGAAUAUCCUGCCAAAAUCAACUGUAGCUGGCUCAUAAGGGCAAACCCAGGGGAAAUCAUUACUAUAAGUUUUCAGGAUUUUGAUAUUCAAGGGUCCAGAAGGUGCAGCUUGGAUUGGUUGACAAUAGAAACAUACAAGAAUAUUGAAAGUUACAGAGCUUGUGGUUCCACGAUUCCACCUCCGUAUAUCUCUUCACAAGACCACGUCUGGAUCAGAUUUCAUUCUGAUGAUAGUAUCUCUAGAAAGGGUUUCAGACUGGCGUAUUUUUCAGGGAAAUCUCAGGAACCAAACUGUGCUUGUGAUCAGUUUCGUUGUGGCAAUGGAAAGUGUAUACCAGAAGCCUGGAAAUGUAACAACAUGGACGAAUGUGGAGAUAGUUCUGAUGAAGAGAUCUGUGCCAAAGAAGCUAAUCCUCCAACAGCUGCUUCUUUUCAACCCUGUGCUUACAACCAGUUCCAGUGUCUAUCCCGUUUUACCAAAGUUUAUACUUGCCUCCCCGAAUCUUUAAAAUGUGAUGGGAACAUUGACUGCCUUGACCUAGGAGAUGAGAUAGACUGUGAUGUGCCAACUUGUGGGCAGUGGUUAAAAUAUUUUUAUGGUACUUUUAAUUCUCCCAAUUAUCCAGACUUUUAUCCUCCUGGAAGCAAUUGCACCUGGUUAAUAGACACCGGUGAUCACCGUAAAGUCAUUUUGCGCUUCACUGACUUUAAACUUGAUGGUACUGGUUAUGGUGAUUACGUGAAAAUAUAUGAUGGGUUAGAAGAGAAUCCUCACAAGCUUUUGCGUGUGUUAACUGCUUUUGAUUCUCAUGCACCUCUUACAGUUGUUUCUUCUUCUGGACAGAUAAGGGUACAUUUUUGUGCUGAUAAAGUGAAUGCUGCAAGGGGAUUUAAUGCUACUUACCAAGUAGAUGGCUUCUGUUUGCCGUGGGAAAUACCCUGUGGAGGUAACUGGGGGUGUUAUACUGAACAGCAGCGUUGCGAUGGGUAUUGGCAUUGCCCAAAUGGAAGAGAUGAAACCAAUUGUACCAUGUGCCAAAAGGAAGAAUUUCCAUGUUCCCGAAAUGGUGUCUGUUAUCCUCGUUCCGAUCGCUGCAACUACCAGAACCAUUGCCCAAACGGCUCAGAUGAAAAAAACUGCUUUUUUUGCCAACCAGGAAACUUUCAUUGUAAAAACAAUCGUUGUGUGUUUGAAAGUUGGGUGUGUGAUUCUCAAGAUGACUGUGGUGAUGGCAGCGAUGAGGAGAAUUGCCCAGUAAUUGUGCCUACCAGAGUCAUCACUGCAGCCGUCAUAGGAAGCCUUAUCUGUGGCCUGUUACUUGUCAUUGCGUUGGGAUGUACUUGUAAACUUUAUUCUCUGAGAAUGUUUGAACGAAGAUCAUUUGAAACACAGUUGUCAAGAGUGGAAGCAGAACUGUUAAGAAGAGAAGCUCCUCCCUCUUAUGGACAAUUGAUAGCUCAGGGUUUAAUUCCACCAGUUGAAGAUUUUCCUGUUUGUUCACCUAAUCAGGCUUCUGUUUUGGAAAACCUGAGGCUAGCUGUACGAUCUCAGCUUGGAUUUACUUCGAUCAGGCUUCCUAUGGCAGGCAGGUCCAGCAACAUUUGGAACCGUAUUUUUAAUUUCGCGAGAUCACGUCGUUCAGGGUCAUUGGCUUUGGUCUCAGCUGAUGGAGAUGAGGUUGUCCCUAGUCAAAGUACGAGCAGAGAACCUGAAAGAAAUCAUUCUCACAGAAGUUUAUUUUCCGUGGAGUCUGAUGAUACAGACACAGAAAAUGAGAGAAGAGAGACAGCAGGAGCAUCUGGUGGGGUUGCAGCUCCUUUGCCCCAAAAAGUCCCUCCCACAACAGCAGUAGAAGCAACAGUAGGAGCAUGUGCAAGUUCCUCAACUCACAGUACCCGAGGUGGUCAUACAGAUGCUGGAAGGGAUGUGACCAGUGUGGAACCCCCAAGUGUGAGUCCAGCACGUCACCAACUUACAAGUGCACUAAGUCGUAUGACUCAGGGGCUACGUUGGGUACGUUUUACAUUAGGGCGGUCAAGUUCCGUAAAUCAGAACCAGAGUCCUUUGAGACAACUUGAUAAUGGGGUAAAUGGAAGAGAAGAAGAUGAUGACGUCGAAAUGCUAAUUCCAGUUUCUGAUGGAGCUUCAGACUUUGAUGUGAAUGACUGCUCCAGACCUCUUCUUGAUCUUGCCUCAGAACAAGGACAAGGGCUUAGACAACCAUGUAAUGCAACAAACCCUGGAGUAAGGCCAAGUAAUCAAGAUGGCCCCUGUGAGCGCUGUGGUAUUGUCCACACUGCCCAGAUACCAGACACUUGCUUAGAAGCAACUCUGAAAAACGAAACGAGCGAUGAUGAGGCUUUGUUACUUUGCUAGGUAUGAAUCACCUAAGAGAGAUUGUAUACAAGUUGGAGCAAUAUCCAUUUAUUGUUUUGUAACUUUACAAUUAAACUAGUUUUAGUUUAAAAAGAAAAAAAGAUGCAGGGUUAUUUCUUAUUAUUAUAUAUUAGCCUGCAUGGUUAAAUUAACUUGUAACUCUAUGAACUUAGAGUUUACUAUUUUUAGCAGCUAAAAAUGCAUUAUGUGUUCAUAUCGUUCAAUAAUGUUCUUUCAUUUGUUUCUAAUUGUUUUUAUCCUGGUACUGUAGUUCACUGUAGAGAUAUGGCUGCUGAAACUCAUUCGACUGUCAUUUUAUCUACCCUAUGUUAAAAGGUUUGUUUGUGCAAAAUAGUACCUUAUUUUAAUUGAAACUUUUAUGCUUUUGCCAACACAUCUUUUAACAGUAUACUAGAUGUUAAGGUUGUUAAUGUAUAAAAAACCGCUUAUACUCACUUGUGUUUUUAUUUAUAUAACAUUUGUCUCUUAUUGGAUUUCAUCAUAAUAUGAGCUUGUCAAAGGGAAAAAACUUUCUCUAAAAAUUUUUCUUACAUUUAACAUGCAGUGAUGUGAAAUUUAGGUAGAGUUAGAUAAAUUAAUGGCAAAAACAAAACUCUUUUAUAGAUUUUCUAAUGUUGACUUUAAUACUGUAAUAUGGUACAAACCAAAUGGUAAAAUCCCAAGUCAUUUCUUUUGUCAUCUCUAUUAAGGGACAGAAUUAAGCGGACAAAGAUACUCUACUAUGCAUUAAAUCUUGAACUUUAUAAAUAUGUACAAAAAUUGUACAAUAUAAGUUCCAACUGGUAAUGUCUUUCCCUAAUACAGGGUUAUGCUUGUAUUGGACCCUAGGGAUUUGCACUAAAAUUAUAUCAAGGUCUCAGAUGAGUUUAGUGCACAAGCACUAUCACUUUAAAUACUAUUAUUUGCUACCACAAUGACUAUAUAUUUCCAUAGCUUGGGGGAGGGGCAUUUUUAUUACAACUUGAAAUUGCUUUGCUGGUUUCAUAUUUAUUUGUUGUAUUUAAAAAAUACAUUAUUGUAAGAGUGAUUCUUUUUUCAGUAUAUUUUAUUCAUGGGGGGAUCAUGCUAUACUCUUGAAAAGAAAAUUAAGAAAUCAUUUGGAUCGUCCCCCCUUUUUAAGGAGAGUGAAUUGCAAAACCCCACUUAUUUUUUUUAUUGUCAAUUCCUGUUUAUUUAUUCUUUAGCUGUCUAUUUUAGUAGUUUGAUGAUUGAGUAUGAAAAUGUAUUUGUGAUUAUUGCUAUUUAUUAAAUUUUAAGUACUUUGCUGAAUGUCAUUUUAAAGCAUGUUUGAGGUCUUGUGUAUUUGUCGUGUUAUGCUGUCAGGAGGAACUGACUAAAAUGUUUUAGUAUGUAUCAAAAAUUAAAAUGAUUUUUUUUAUUGCCUUGAGGUACUUU